AUGAAGUUCUUUAGCCAAUCCUUCUUGUACGACGAUCCCUGGUCAAUCGUUUCUCUUGCCUUUUUCCUGCGCUAUCCAAAUCCAUAUGCUGCACACGUAGUUUCCUGCGAUGUUGUCGACCGCCAACACACCAGCUCCGGAACCUUGUUGACCACAAGGCUUAUACUAAAGCGAGGCGCUCUUCCGAGAUGGGCCCCGAAGGGCAUCAUUUCGAGAGCAGAAUCAUGGGUCAUCGAAGAGAGCGAGAUCGACCCCUACGGUAAAGUUGUCAAGUGUCAGACGAAAAAUCUCGAUCAUGUCAAGGUAAUGCAAAUCGUCGAGACACAACUGUUUGAGCAAGCAGCAAACGGGUAUGCUACUCCUAUAACACUGCAAACUACGGAAGCGUACAUAACAUCGAAGUUCGGCUGGGGUUUAACGAGGAGAAUCGAAAAUCAUGGUCUUUCUCGGUUUAAGGCGCAUGUCCAAAGAUCCCGGCAAGGAGUGUCGCUGAUGCUGGAUCUUAUCCGACAAGCACGCCUUCAACCAAUGACACUAGGUUCAUAUACUUCCCAGCUUCACUCGGACCGGACUUCUUUUGCCCCAAAUGCACCAAUUUCGUCUCUUGACGUCAACGAGGACACAUGUCGGGAAGACCACUCGUCACCCCCACAAAGCGGCAGGUGGUAUGGCAGGUUCUGGGGCAGUAGGUAA